GUCUGUCGCUGGCCAAGCUCCUCUCCACCUGGCCUCCAUGAGUUUAACUGAGGACAAGCCAUUCCUCCCUGGAAGAUGGGAAAUGCUUCAGACACAUCUGCUGUGUUUGCCUCCACCAUCUCCAAGGAGCACGACAUCCUCAUGGGUUCCCUCUACAGCGUCUUUUGUGUGCUGUCCCUCAUGGGGAACUGCAUUCUGCUGCUUGUUGCAUAUCACAAGCGCACGACCUUGAAGCCGGCCGAGUUUUUCAUCAUCAAUCUCUCCAUCAGUGACCUUGGGAUGACGCUCUCUUUAUUCCCAUUGGCAAUACCGUCAGCUUUGACACACAGGUGGCUGUUUGGAGAAAUCACCUGCCAGCUCUAUGCUAUGUGCGGAGUACUGUUUGGUCUAUGCAGCUUGACCAACCUCACAGCCCUCUCCUUAGUGUGCUGCCUUAAAGUCUGCUUCCCCAGCCACGGUAACAAGUUCUCCUCGUCACACGCCCGCCUCCUGGUCGUUGGAGUGUGGUGCUACGCAUCCGUGUUUGCUGUGGGGCCCUUGGCACAGUGGGGGCACUACAGUCCUGAACCUUACGGCACAGCCUGCUGCAUUGACUGGCACGCACCCAACCACGAGCUUUCGGCUUUGUCUUACAUUGUCUGCCUCUUCGUCUUUUGCUACGCGCUGCCCUGCACCGUCAUCUUCCUCUCCUACACUUUCAUUCUGCUGACAGUGCGGGGGUCACGUCAGGCCGUGCAGCAGCAUGUGUCACCGCCACAGACCAAGGCCGCCAAUGCACACGCUCUCAUCGUCAAGCUGUCAGUAGCAGUAUGUUUUGGCUUCCUGGGUGCCUGGACUCCAUAUGCUGUCGUAGCCAUGUGGGCUGCUUUCGGAGACUCCACGCGGGUUCCUCCUGAUGCGUUCGCCUUUGCCGCCGUGUUUGCCAAGUCUUCCACCAUCUACAACCCUAUGGUCUACCUGCUGUGUAAGCCCAACUUUCGCGAGUGUCUGUACAGGGACACGUCUAUGUUACGACAGAGGAUCUACAGGGCAAGUCCACAAUUGGAACCGAAAGAGCGCUUGGGAUCCACCUCACAGCGCAACAAGGACAUGAACCUCUCCACGCGCUUCUCAAAUGGACAGCAGGAGAGCUAUGGGGCGUGUCUGCAAUGCACUGACACUACAGCGCCGUGUCAUGUGGACGCGCCCCAAAGGACUGCCUGCAUCCUGACUGGAUCCACCUACAGAGAGGUGACAGUUUGCCAGCUCUCUGACAAACCACAGGCUGAAUUCCUCUAGUGGGACAACCCUCCUUCUUUCAUGAAGCAAAGGACAGGUGCUCAGAAAGACGGAGGAUACUGGGCAUGGACAACAAAACAACAAAAGACCUGCACAAGUAAUGUCACAGAAACUGUAUAAAGCAACAGCACAGGCUUGAAAGGACCUAUAAUGGUAUCCUUCAUUGUGAAAUGCCUGAGACUUCAUCUGAGAAGAUUUGCCACUACGUCUGUGUCCGCUUGUUUCCUGUUUGAUUUUAAUUUCCCUGGAUCUUCAUUAAAUUUGAUGUCAGGAUAAAUCAUCGGGAUAAACGGAUAUCCGGGCCGAGACUUCCUCUUCUGUGCGACGCUCAUUGUUUACAGACCGAUUAACAACUUGAGACGCGUUAUUGAAGUUGGACUCUCAGCUCUAUAAACAGAUAUCUACAUAUCAAUUAUGAAAGUGAAAAUAAAAAGAGCUAAAUCGUAGCCAAAGGGUUCCCAGAUUAGGCCAAUGCGUUCUGCGUCUUUCGCUCUUCACACAGACUGUUUACCUACAUGCAACAAAAGCCUGCUCAAACGUGAUUGGUCAAUAUUAGUUGGACUACAAAAGGACUAAUAAAAGGACUACAAACUAAAACCAGAACGCUUCAGAUAGCAAAACAUUGUCCCGUUGCCUGCAGAUAUCCAGAGAUCAGUGAAGCCUCUCUGUAAAGUGUUAUAAUUGGGUCUGGGUGACAAACAAUGGAAAAUAGGAUUUUCACAAUAGCCCGCAGCUUUGAGAAUAUUUGAAGCUUCUUGGUUAUUUUUUUGUAUUUUGUUUUUGAAUAGCAUACAUUAACAGAGGUCCACACACAGACGUGUCGAUAAUCUCUAAAUCUUAUUUUAUUGGAAGUGCUCUUUUGUUUGUCUUCUGCUCUUUAUUUCUUUGUGCCAAGAAAUUAGCAUUUAAUGUAAAAACUAAGCUAUUUAUUCAAAAUAAAUGACUCUUUGGAUUGUUAUCAGUUAUAAUAACCACGUCUGUUCCUGCACAUAUGUGUCAACAAACAGCACUUUGUUAUAUUUCAUUCUGCUCUCCCUUUUUAAUGUGGUCCUGUGUGGCUUCAUGUAUGCAUAUAAAGAAAAGCAAA